AUGUCGACCCGAGUGCAUCCAGGCGUGACGGAGGUGCACCGCCCCGAGGAAAGCGGAAGGCAGGAGAAACAGGAGACUAAAGGCUUCGACAACAAGGCUUUCUCAGACUUGGACAGAAACGACUUAAGCAAGAGAUCCGUAACUAAAAAUGGAACCGACGACAACGACUUAGAAUGUCGAUACGGACCACUGAGAUGUUUCCAAUGUUUCAACAAGAUCCAGUUUUAUGUACUCUGGUUGUGCCUGAUUGGGUUCGUAGAGGGCGCUGCCGUCAAUGGCGUCGUCAACAUUGUCUUGACAACCUUGGAGAAACGCUAUAACCUUUCAAGCUCACAAUCCGCCUUAAUCGUCAGCUCAACAGAUAUCGGAGCUAUCCUAUUUGUCCUCCUCGUCAGUUACUUCGGCUCGAAAGGACACCGUCCUCGAUGGUUAGGGGGAGGCACACUGGUGAUGAUGUUAGGAUCACUGAUAUUUCUGAUCCCUCACAUCUUCUCGGACACUUACGAUAUUUCUUCUAUAGACGUAGGUGGAAAUGCUACUAAUAUCUGUGAUCCGAACAACCCAGACCCAUGCGCAGAACAGACUUCCGGUGAUACAUCCGGGUAUCUAUACGUCUUCAUGUUAGCUCAAUUUGUGCACGGUAUUGGUUUCACGCCGUUCUUCACCCUUGGAACAGCUUAUGUUGAUGACAACGCAAAAACUGAGUCUACUGCUUUAUAUCUUGGUUUGAUAUACGCGAUUACUGCCCUUGGUGUGGCCGCAGGGUUCAUAGGUGGAGGCCAGUUCCUGAAUUUAUGGAUAGAUUUUAACAGGGUGGAGAAAACUGUGUAUGAGGGGUUCACUCCUAUGGACUCUGUCUGGAUAGGGGCAUGGUGGGUAGGAUUCGUUGUCACUGCGGUCCUUUUCUUCCUGUUCGCACUUCCGGUAUUGGGAUACCCGGUCAAUCUUCCAGGAACCGAACAUAUUCGAGCGGCAAGGUUAACACAAAAUGAUCGAGCCCGGAUAGAGGCUACAAAGAAUGACCAUCGGUCAAUGUGGGAUAAGGUCAAGGAGUUUCCGAAGGCUAUAUUUGUCCUCCUGAAGAAUCCGAGCUACAUCUGCAUGAUUUUGGGUGCAUGUGCAGAAACACUAAUUAUUGGAGGAUUGUCAGCCUUUGCACCGAAGAUUCUCGAGGAGAAAUUCGACAUAAGUCCGGCUGAAGCAGGACUUAUUAUGGGGGCUGUGACGAUCGGAGGAGGAGCUGGUGGUAUGAUCCUCGGAGGUGUUCUCAUCAAAUGUUUUAAGCUUGAAGCAAAAGGAAUGUUAAGACUGUGUGUACUUUUGUCUAUAAUGGCUAUAGCGGUUGGAGGGGGCCUAUUUAUCAACUGUCCGGAAUUCCAUUUCGCAGGACUGAAUUAUCCGUAUUAUCCUGGAGAAGAAAUAAACCCGACUGAUAACCUGGAGUCCUCCUGUAAUGUUAACUGUGGAUGUCAGGAGUACACGUAUGAACCUAUCUGUGGUUCGGACGGUGUGACGUAUUUCUCCCCCUGUCACGCCGGGUGUAACAACAACUUCACUGUUGACGGUGUCGUAAAGACAUUUGCAUUUUGUGAGUGUAUACAUGAUCGUCUUAACUCCACUGGUUUGACCAUUGACCCGUCCGCCCAGUCCGGCGAGUGUGGUCAGACAUGUGAUCUGAUGUAUGCCUUCAUUGUCCUCCUCCUUAUCGGUAUGCUGUUAACACUGACCACAGUCACACCGGCCUCCAUGGCAAUCUUGAGAUGUGUUCCCGAUGAGCACAGAGCCUUGGGUUUAGGACUACAGUGGGUGGCUCUACGUUUGUUGGGUACAAUACCAGGGCCCGUAUUAACCGGAUAUGUGAUAGACUCGUCAUGCGCACUUUGGCAAGAUCUCUGUGGUAUUGAGGGUUCCUGCUAUGUGUAUGAUAGAUACGAGAUGGGCUGGCGUCUAUUUCUGUGGUGGAUUGCUGUCAAGUUGUUCAGUGCCGUUACUUUCUUCCUUGCCAGCAUCAUGUACAAAAGUAAAACACUUGAUUCAGAAAAGGAGAUGAAACCGGAAGUAAACAAUGGCUACCAGAUAAGCGCUGACGUAGGACAUGAUACUCAUAAUUCAACAAAAAAUGGGAUCGUAGAGAGAACAGAUUUUGUUACCCACCUGUAA